AUGGCAUCUUUCCUCUCCGAUCGUUCAGGUGAUGAUGAGGUCUAUCUUCUGUAUGAUAACGGCGAGGUUAAGCAACUCACAAAUAAUAAAACCAAGGUGUUUACUCCUGAGUGGUCGCCCGAUGGUAAAUUUAUUGCUUUUGAUGCCAAUGUGCGUGGUGGUGAAAACUUUGACCUGUUUCUGAUAGAUCUCACUGACCCGCUAAAACCGAAACAGAUAGACCUGACAGGACCGCCCGACGGGCCGGGAGUAAAACUAUCUGGACCCCGAUGGGCACCUGCCGGUGAUCCGCGGAUACUUCUCUUCUCUACAGCCUUGCCAGACCCCAACGGCUGGGAUGUAGGGAUGCUCACGUUAGAUGCAAAAGGCAAAGCGGGUGCCCUGAUUAACAUCACGAAUGCAGAGGGCGAAGGAAUCACAGCGGAUCUGGAGGGCUCAUGGUCCCCCGACGGGACUAAGAUUGUUUUUGAGAGCGAGCGUAAUAAAAUUAACGACAGAGCCCAGUUCGAUAUUUUCAUCGCCGACGCGGAAAAACGGGGUGCCGGAAAAAACCAGAUUAACCUCACUGAUCAUGAGGCACCGGACCAGCGGGCACGUUGGUCCCCAGACGGAACAGCGGUCAUGUUUCAAUCCAAGCGUGAUGGUAACUGGGAAAUCUACACCAUAGGCAUUGAUGGUGAAAACCUUACGCGGAUCACCGAAAAUGAUAAGACCGAUAGAAACGCUGAGUGGUCUCCCGGCGGCAUCGCCUUUGAAAGCCAACGCGAUGGUAAUUAUGAGGUUUAUCGAUCUGACCCCGAUGGAAACAACCAAGUCAAUCUCAGCAAUGAUCCCGCAAGCGAUCAGAGGCCUAUCUGGUCACCUAAAGGACGCGAAUCUUAUUCGAAUCCAAACGGGACGGAAAGCGAGAGAUAUACUUCAUACAAGCCGAUGGCGGUGGUCUGA